GCUUCCUAGAUCUAGGUUUUCCUUUUCUUCCCCUUCCCUCUCUUUUUUCGUUUUUUCUCUUCAGAUUUGUUCAAAUUUUUUCUUCGCAAGAAGCUUAAAGAAGAACAGAAUGGGUGAGAUUAAGGAUAACGAUGCAUACGAGGAAGAGCUUCUCGAUUACGAAGAAGAAGACGAGAAGGCCCUCGAUUCCGUCCACGCCAAAGGGGCAGAGUCUGCCAAAAAGGGCUACGUUGGGAUUCACAGUUCGGGAUUCCGAGACUUCCUCUUGAAGCCAGAACUUCUUCGGGCAAUCGUGGAUUCGGGAUUUGAGCAUCCUUCAGAAGUGCAACAUGAGUGUAUUCCUCAGGCAAUUCUAGGUAUGGAUGUCAUCUGCCAAGCAAAAUCUGGGAUGGGGAAAACUGCUGUCUUUGUUCUAUCAACUCUUCAGCAAAUUGAGCCAGUUUCUGGUCAAGUUGCUGCUCUCAUUCUUUGCCACACGAGAGAGUUAGCUUAUCAGGUAUGCCAUAGUUUAGAAAAUUGAAUGUGUAGUUGACUUCUCUUGCAAUUUCAUUGGUCGUAUAAUGCAAGUUAACAAAUUUCAACCAUGCUU